UGAUUCUCGUCUCCUUUCGACCUCUCCCGGUCAGAUUACCUAAGAUGGAGAAACCUGAUCACCUGCUAGGAGGUAAGUAAGUACCCAGGUACUUGCUAUGACUAAUCUGGAAGGGGAUUGCGAGAUCGGAGGGCGGAGCCGUCGAGAUUUUUGCCGAGCUUCAGUGACAUCUUCUCUAUCGAUAAGCCAUUGGUCGCGCAUCGGGACGUCGUAGCAGUCAUCGUCAAACUCCCGCUCGCUCGCUCGCUUUACACAGCUGUAAACAAAUUGGCGGGCAGGUUUCGCUGGGUAAACCGACGGCUGGCUCUCUCCCUGUCUUUCCACAGGUUGGCCAAGUGGGUGCGGCCUCUACACGUCUCGAUUCGCUCACUAUAAGGACAAGGGAGAAGACCAGUCUCGGGAUCCGCGCAGCAUGGCUCUUGUCCGGCUUCCUAUGCGACGACUCGCAUCCGCCGGGGUACGGUGCUCCUCCUCCUUCAACCCUUUCCAAGAUUAUCGUGAUUCAACUCCACCUUUGCCCAAAGGCGACCCCAGCAAGGACUCUAGAAGUGGAGUCUUCGUGUCGGACUAUGCCAAGUACAUGCUGGCGACUUAUGCCAGGCCGCCGCUCGUCUUCGUCAAGGGCGAGGGUUCAUUCCUGCACGACCUGAGGGGUCGGAAGUAUCUAGACUUCACGGCCGGAAUAGCCGUCAACUCGCUGGGUCAUAGCAACGCGGAGCUAGCUGCGCUUCUCUCAGACCAGGCCAAGACGUUAUGGCACGCAUCCAAUCUUUACCAUAACUGCUGGACGGGUCCUCUGUGCAAAAAACUCGUGAAGAAGACCGUCGAAUCCGGCGCAAUGCAUGACGCAGCGAGCGUCUUCCUCUGCAAUUCGGGCACCGAGGCAAACGAGGCCGCCAUCAAGUUCUCCCGCAAAGUAGGCAAGGCCUUGGACCCCUCCGGGGAAAAGUAUGAGGUGGUGUCCUUUCACGGCUCCUUCCACGGCCGGACCAUGGGCAGUUUGUCGGCAACCCCGAAUCCGAAGUACCAAGAGCCGUUUACGCCCAUGGUGCCGGGCUUCAGGUACGGGACAUACAACAACCUCGAGGGAAUCGAUAAUCUCGUAACGGAGAAGACGUGCGGCGUAAUCGUCGAGCCCAUCCAGGGCGAGGGGGGCGUCAAUGUCGCCAGCGACGAGUUUCUUAUCGCUUUGGCGAAUCGGUGUCGCCAGGUUGGCGCCGUCCUAAUCUACGACGAGAUCCAGUGCGGUCUGUCGAGGACGGGUCAUCUCUGGGCGCACGGCCAUCUGCCCAAGGAGGCACAUCCCGACAUCCUCACCACGGCGAAGGCACUCGGAAACGGCUUCCCCAUCGGCGCCGCCAUCGUCAACGGCCACGUGAGCGAGAAGAUCCAGAUCGGAGACCACGGCACGACAUUCGGCGGCAACGUGUUGGCGUGCCGCGUCGCCUAUCACGCAGUUGAUCUGCUCUCGAACCCGGAGCUACAGCGCACCGUCCACGAUAGGUCAAGGUUCCUUAAGCGGCAGUUGAAGUCGCUGCAAAAAAAGUUCCCCGAGGACAUAACAGAGAUCCGCGGGAGAGGUCUGAUUCUCGGCAUGCAGCUGACCCGCGACCCGGUCCCGAUCGUGGAUGCAGCCAGACAAAGGGGCUUGCUGGUUCUCACUUGCGGAACCAACACGCUCAGGUUUGUGCCGCCCCUCACGAUCAGCGAGCCCGAGAUUGCGACUGGCGUGACCAUCGUGAAGGAAGCCAUCCUGGCUACUAAAUAGCCGGGCCACAAAAAGGAAGGAAAAUGAAAAUGAUGAGGCGCUUGGCGGUCAGCUGAGGGAGGGGUAGAGAGCGUCGAAUGUCUAUAUGUCAUCUACACGCAGCAAAAAUGUGGGAUACAUACCUAGUAAAAGCGGUCGCGAUUUUACGUCGUAUACCCAUACGGCGC